CCCGCACCGCCCGCGCCCCCGGCAUGGAGCGCAUCCCCAGCGCGCAGCCCCCGCCCGGCUGCCUGGGCAAGCUGCCCGCCCUGGAGAGCGGAGAUCUGCCGGGGCUGGACUUCGCGCACAUGUACCAGGUGUACAAGCCCCGGAGGGGCUUAAAGAGGAGCGAGGACAACAAGGAGACCUACAAGCUGCCGCACCGGCUGAUCGAGAAGAAGAGGCGCGACAGGAUCAACGAGUGCAUCGCGCAGCUGAAGGACCUGCUGCCCGAGCACCUCAAGCUGACGACUCUAGGUCACCUGGAGAAGGCUGUGGUUCUGGAGCUCACCUUGAAGCACGUGAAGGCACUGACCAAUCUCAUCGAGCAGCAGCAGCAGAAGAUCAUCGCUCUGCAGAACGGGCUGCAGGCAGGUGACCUGUCAUCGAGAAACCUCGAUUCCAGCCAGGAAAUGUUUCGAUCCGGUUUCCAGAUGUGCGCCAAGGAAAUGCUGCAAUACCUGGCAAAGCACGAGAACGGCAAGGAGCUGAAGUCGUCGCAGCUGGUCAGCCACCUGCACCGGAUGGCCAGCGAGGUGCUGCAGGGCGGGGCCGCCCGCAAGGCCGGCGACAUCCCCCCCAAAAUGCUGGACUCGAAGGAGAAGCCGGCGCCCCUGGGCGCGGCGGGCGAGGGCCACGGGAAGAACUGCGUGCCCGUGAUCCAGCGGACAUUCGCUCACUCCAGCGGGGAGCAGAGCGGCAGCGACACGGACACGGACAGCGGGUACGGGGGAGAGCUGGAGAAAAGCGACUCCAAAUCCGAGCAGCCCUAUUUCAAAAAGGAUACCGACCUCAAGUACGCCGUGCAGGAGAGAAUAAGCUCUAUUAAGCAAGAGACUGAGGACCCGCCGGCCAAAAGGAGCAGGCUGGAGUCGCCGCGGGACGAGGGCCCUUUUGGCAGCGACGUGAUGGGCUCUCCCGGCGGCUUCCUGGGCCCCCACGCUCACCAGCCUCCCCUGUGCCUGCCCUUCUACCUGAUCCCGCCGUCCGCCACCGCCUACCUGCCCAUGCUGGAGAAGUGCUGGUACCCGGCCUCGGUUCCCGUGUUGUACCCCAGCCUGCCCGCCUCGGCCGCGGCGCUGACGGGCUUCAUGAACCCCGACAAAAUCUCCCCUCCUCUGCUGAUGCCCCAGAGACUCCCUUCUCCCGUACCGGCCCAUUCCCCCAUCGACUCCUCGGCUCUGCUUCAGGCUUUGAAGCAGAUUCCUCCUUUGAACUUGGAAACCAAAGACUGAGCGCAGUGUGACUGGGUUUUCUCUUUUUUUUUUUUUUUUUUUUUUUUUUUGGUUUGUUUUGGUUUUUUUUUUUUUUUUUUUUAGUUUGAGAGACUGUUUCACUUUUAUAUAUUGGCUGGACUGAGGUGUGGGGGACGAGGUUCACUGUGUGUAGGAAGCUAAAUCCCCUUUUCUCUGACUUGUCAGGUCGCUUGGAGAAGGAUGAGGGAUGCACCCAGGUUAGCGGUUGACAACUACUUCCAUAAAGAAGGGUUUAAGAAGGGGUUUUUUUGCUUUACCCUUUCCUUUCCUCCCUCUCCACAUCUACAGAGCAACAGUUGACUCGGUCAGCUGCCAAUCUAUUGCAAAGCUGUGAAGAAAUAUUCCAUUGGGCAGGCCCGCUUUGAGGGUCUGCAAAUAUAAAAUACCUGAAUAUAAACCACGGUACGUCCCCGAGGGGCUCGGAAGGCAACGGCCCCGCUGGCUCUGGUGGAGCUGGACUGGUGUCCGAGUGACCCUGGGCAUGGGGUGGUGGCAGUGCACAGGAGGAGCAGGACAGUGGUCACUGCAGGGGCAGCAAUGUCACCAGGAGGAGCAGGACAGUGGUCACUGGUGGUGGUGGCAGUGUCGGUGUCACCAAGAGGAGCAGGGCAGUGGUCACUGGUAGUGGUGGCAAUGUCACCAGGAGGAGCAGGACAGUGGUCACUGGUGGUGGUGGCAAUGUCAGUGUCACCAAGAGGAGCAGGGCAGUGGUCACUGGUAGUGGUGGCAAUGCCACAGGAGGAGCAGGACAGUGGUCACUGCAGGGGCAGCAAUGUUUUCAGGAAGGGCAGGGCAGUGGUCACUGGUGGUGGUGGCAAUGUCACUGUGAGUGCAGGAGGAGCAGGGCAGUGGUCACCGUGAGGUGGUGGCAGUGGUGGCAAUGCCACCAGGACUCCAGGGAGAGCAGGGCAGCGGUCACUGCCUGGUGACAAGCGGCCAGGCAGGCCCAAGAUGGGUUUCUCUCCACACCCUUGCUGACACAUAGAUAUUUUUUUAGGAAAUAAAAGGUAGCUGCUGCUUGGAGCUUUCCAUGGCGUACAUCUAAUAAAUUAAUUAACCUGCGCCCUCCCUGUAACUUGAGCUGCUACGUUGGGCCGGCUCGGGAGGAGCUGUCCCUGGGGUGACUCUGCUGGUGGCUCCGGGCUCCUGCCCGGUGUCACUGCGGUUCUCCCGGCUCCAUCCCCUCUGUCCCUGCUCCUGCCCGGUGUCACCGCGGUUCUCCCUGCUCCUGCCCGGUGUCACCGCGGUUCUCCCGGCUGCAGCCCCUCUGUCCCUGCUCCUGCCCGGUGUCACCGCGGUUCUCCCGGCUCCAGCCCCUCUGUCCCUGCUCCUGCCCGGUGUCACCGCGGUUCUCCCGGCUCCAUCCCCUCUGUCCCUGCUCCUGCCCGGUGUCACCGCGGUUCUCCCGGCUCCAUCCCCUCUGUCCCUGCUCCUGCCCGGUGUCACCGCGGUUCUCCCGGCUCCAUCCCCUCUGUCCCUGCUCCUGCCCGGUGUCACCGCGGUUCUCCUGGCUUCAUCCCCUCUGUCCCUGCUCCUGCCCGGUGUCACCGCGGUUCUCCCGGCUCCAGCCCCUCUCUGUCCCGCUCCUGCCCGGUGUCACCGCGGUUCUCCCUGCUCCUGCCCCUCUCUCCCUGCUCCUGCCCGGUGUCACCGCGGUUCUUGCCCGAGGGGGCCGCUCAGCCGGAGCCGGCAGUGCCAUCCCUGCUGAGCGCGCCCCUGUCAGUGCCUUUGGAAAAUGACGAGGUUGGGAUUUUCAGAGGAGUCCGAUCCCGGCGGGGUUUGAGCAUCUGGAUUCCUCCUUGGCAAAGCCUGGCUCUGUUGAGGACAGAGGUGACACUUGUGACAAGUGGUGACACUCGUCCUGUAACCUGCACGAGAGGCUUUCUGCACAGAGGAAAAUCAUCUCCAGUUUAGCUUCUUUCUGAUUGAAAACCCCCAAACUUCACUGCUGGAGGCAGUGCUCUUUGGUGGUUUUUCCCUUUCUGGUUUUGAGAAGCGGUGAGCAGAGCCCCUGUCUGGAUCCUCACGUCGCCCUCCCGUUGCACCAGCUGUUGAGAUGCACUAUGCUUGAUUGCAGAUUGUGUUCUAACGUUUAUUUUGUUGUUGGUUUUUUGGGUUUUUUUGUUUUUUUUUUUUUGGUAUACAGUUGUUGCCUUUAUUUGUAAAAUCCUCUUAUAAAUAUAUAUAUUAUAUAAAUAUAUUGAGAGUUAAAAACGUUUCAGAUGUCUAUUAUUUGUAUAACUACUUGAGCAUAAAGAAGUGAGAAAUAUGAAUGUAUUCUUGUUUCUGGGUUGUCUUUUUUUUUUUUCUUUUUGGAAGAGAAGAAUAUUCUGUUUUUCUCUCGGGAGAGGUACAGUGUUUAUAUUUUGGAGCCGCCUUCAAGGUGGGAUAUUGUACAUAUUUUUAUCUUGAGUAAAUGUUAAGUAGCUGUUUAAAAAUGCUUAAUAAAAUAAUUCUUUU